AUGAACGCACUGUAUGAGAUUGCUGUUAACCACGGCCUGGCUCGCGAGGACUCACCCUCCUCUCGUCGCCAGAAGCUCUUUGAUACCGAAGGUGCGACUGCUGAAAGCUCGGGAGGAGCUCCCCAAGACAUGGAUCCACGCCUGCAAAGCAAGGCUAUUCCUACCUUUCCCCUCUACCGACUGGCAUGCCCAUCUACCUUCUCUAUCUCCUCCAUCGCCUCUCUUCUAUCUGGUCAAGAGGAUGUCCUACCUUUCAGUUCCACUAUCACCUCUAGUUCCGCUUCCACCCAGUUCCCCGUGACGCCAUACAGCUCCAUUUUGCUCGGCGACAGCAUGCUCUCGUUUUAUUCCUUGGCAAGUGGCAACGAUGCUACACCAUUCCAGUCUGCUAUCACGCGGGUUGAAGAGCCGUCUCGCCGUCGUUCGUGGGCUGAGCGUUUCCUUUCCUUGUUCCAUAUUAACGAGAAGCUGCCGAUCGAGCCUGAAGCGAUCGUAAAUCCAUACAACGGUCUCUGGCGCUCAGCGUCCACCAUCGCCGUUGUAAACGCCUCAGAGGAAGCUGAAGAUGAUGAGGACGACGACCUAUCUGUCUACAAUGACGACUCCCUACUCUAUAGCGAUUUGGAUGAUCUCACCACGAUGACUAGCAUCUCGGCACUUCCUGCCCCUGCUCUACGCACUCGGCCUUGGGUGGACAGCUACCUAUCGCUUCUCCAACCAUACGAGCCCAGCGUAAGAUCCAACCAUAGCACUACCGAUACCGCAUCCACCCAACAGCCUAGUGGCCCUGCAUUCCGCCACCCCGUGCCAGUCUGGCUUGGCCAGUAUAUUGCAGUAGCCCGCAUAGCCCAGCCAGAUGUUGCACUGGAUGAUUUGAUUGAGCUGUAUGAGGCAUCCAAGUUUAUGCUCGAUGAAAACGGGGAUCCACUCAAGAUGCUUCCAGCAGAAGCGUUGCCCGAGCCCAUUUCAAGAAAGCGUGUCUGGAGGAGGGCACUGAAGAAGGCGGCCAGUAAGGUCUGCGCCAAGUUCAAUCAUAAAAAGACGGACGCCAAUGGUUGCGCAGUAGACGGAGCAUAUCACACAAAUUGCUCGAUGAACAAGGCUCCCAUAGCUGUGCCUGAGAUUGAGCAGCAGAAUGGGAACGAUUCUAGCCAGCCCAAGAGGCGAACAGAGCUGACACGCAAAGUCGUGUCGCUCUUUAAAAGCAAAUUAAGGCGGUCGGCAGACGCUUGA